GGAUGUUGAUGUUUUGUUCCGUAGCUUGGUCAGCGAUCUGAACUACUUCUUGGUCUUUUUGGGCCAAUCCUCCCCGCUUCGGACGCUUUCCCCUGCCAAGUUUUUUCAUCGAAGCGCCUCUCCCGGGGUCUGUACCGGGCAGAGACCCGCCCCGAGUCGUCGUGAGAUGAUGGAGGACUUUGACGAGAUCUACGAAGAGGAGGAAGAAGAAGACGAGGACAGGGCCGCGGAAGAACAGCUCCUCAAGUACGCACCGGACCCGGUGGUGGUGCGAGGCUCCGGCCACGUCACUGUGUUUGGACUCAGUAACAAAUUUGAGUCAGAAUUUCCUUCGGCACUUACAGGAAAGGUGGCGCCGGAGGAAUUCAAAGCCAGUAUAAACCGUGUGAACAGCUGUCUGAGGAAGACCCUCCCUGUGAACGUGAGGUGGCUCCUGUGUGGCUGCCUCUGCUGCUGCUGCACUCUGGGCUUCAGCCUGUGGCCCGUCAUCUGUCUCAGCAAGAGGACGAGAAGAUCGAUGGAGAAACUUUUGGAGUGGGAAAACAACAGACUUUACCACAAGUUGUGUUUGCAUUGGAAACUUAGUAAAAGGAAGUGUGAAACCAACAACAUGAUGGAAUAUGUAAUCCUAAUAGAGUUCCUACCUAAAAUCCCCAUCUUCAAACCAGACUAGCCGGACCACCGACGAGCCAGAACACCCACCUGCUGCCCAGCUCCGUCUCAAAACUGCAAAGACUGCAAUGCUCCUGAGAAAAUUCUCCCCCUGAAAAGCUCCUGCAUUUGUUUACGUUUGCCCUCCGUCUUUUAACCGUUGCCCUCAAAUGUACCUUCUCUACGCCUUUGUUUACAAAUCCAACACUCUUACGUUCUUUUUUUUUUGUUUUGUUUUGUUUUGUUGGUUUGUUUUUGCGGGGUGCAGGGGAGAUUUGCCGUUGAACUGGUGAGCUGCAGCUAACGAGCAUCAGCCUGUGGAGCGUUGAGCUGAGAACCAGCCAUGAGCACCGAUGUGGAUUUUUAAACCCGCAGCUGGAGACUGAACACUCGAAUUGAGUCCUAUGACGGAUAAAAACUGGAUGUUUUGUCACCUUUAUGGUUACUAACUUAAGCACACAGCACAGCCGGGCCACAAUAAAACACUUUAAUGUCUCACAUCUGCAAAUAAAGCUGUUGGAGGUCAUGGAGCCAAGGUGGAACAUCAGUUCUGUGGCAGACAAACUAGACUCACAUGUUCAGUAAACAGCUAUCAGAUGUCUUCUUGCCCUGUGCACCACCAGUGACAAUCACACACUGACUGCACUGUCAGUGAGUGGGUCUCAGUCAUACACAGCUUAUAAGAAACUUUGAGUUCAGUUGGCUUUAGAAGUCAAGAGACGAUGAAGAGCCUUUCUUUUUCUUUACUUUUUUGGGCUCAGGAUUUGUUUAACAUGUUGGUGAAAACAAUUCGUUUUUGCAAAACGUGUGUGAGUGACAAAAGAAACAAGCAAAAAAUAAAAAGAAAUGCAUAAAAAACAGACAUGAAGACACUUUAAAACAGUUUUUAUUUUUUUGCAUAGCUAUUAUUUGUGACUUUGUGAACAUAUACUAUUGAUAACAUCUUUUUUUGUUGGAAACCUUUUAUUUCUUCCUCUCUGUGGUCAUGUGUUAACACUGAAAGCACAGUAUUGCGAUGUCCUUCACUCCUUUACAUGGCCUCCUUCACCUAACUGCUAAUCUACUUAUUUGUGUUUAAGUGGAGCAUAAAGAUGUGAGUCAAA